AGAGAGUAUUAGCACUAUUGACGGCUGGGUGGAUGAGGAGAGAGAGGAGGUGUGGUUGGUGUUGGUGGUGGUAGAGGUGGUAGAGGUGGUGGUGUAUGAGUAGAAAGAGGAGGCUGGGAGGUGAAUGAUGAAUGAUGAUGGCUGAUCAACAGGACAACCUUCGAGCUUAAGGUAGGGGGUUUUAGUUGGGUUAUCAGGCAGGAUAGGCGCCAAAUGACCGGAAUGCGGGGGGGUCAACGGGCUGCUCUUGCCCUGUCCUCUACCCCCCUGCCCCCACCUGGCUUGUUGCGUUACACCGUCAAAACAACCCCUACUAUAUCUGUCCUCAUCCUCAUUCAGGCCCUAAUCAUCAUUAUCAUCGUCAGUCUUCCUUGCUUCGUGCGUCAACUAUGGUUGUAUUCAAGCAGCCGUCUUCAAUAUCUAGUCCCAGCGGCAAGACGCCUUCGUCCAUUGGAACUCCUCAGCGCUGUAGCUAGCAGUCAGUGGAGACAGCGGGAACAUGCGAGAUGCACAGGCGGGGGAUCCGUCCAUCUUGCAGCAACCCGUCCGCUGCCUGAUGCAAGACGCUCGGGCUGGUCGGCAGCAAGCCGACUUGACGAUCACCAGGACGCCCCCCGCUGUCGCCAUCAGUCCCUUUGUUUCUUUUCCAGACCACCCCACAAUUCAUCGACGCCACGACCAUCUCCUCGCUUCAUCUCCAUUCUGUGCCAUUUGCCGUGAAAGAGAGCUCCGUUUCGAAUUAUCCCUCAUGCUCCCGUCUUGUAGAGCGUCCCAUGGUUCACUUAUUGCUCGGUCCGUUCGAACUUCCCAUCUCGCCCCGCUGAUUUUCAUGUGGAUUGCGGCGUAGGUUAUGUUGCUUGAAGACCGCUGUAGAUUCUGUCAGAAGGGUCAGCAUCAUGCAG